AAAAAAUGAUUUUGUGAGAAGAUAUGAUUAUUAAAUGUUCCAUAGGGUGACGUGGAAACACACAAGUUGGUUAGGCAAGAUCAAUUUGAAUCAUAAACCCUAACGGGACUAACCCCAAUUUCCCGCACACUCUCAACCUCACUAGCGUUGCAGCAUACCCACAGUCACUCAAUGUCGACGACAAUGGACCUUCCAAAUCUCGCCUUUCCAAACAACUCCACCUCUCUAUCCUCUUUCGCUGAAGCUUUGCUUCUUCAAACUUUCAUUGCCGCUACCAAAUCCCUCGCAUACCUUCUUCUAGCGACUGGAUCUCUGCUUGCUGAUGUCAAUACUUUGAUAUCACCGAUGGAUGGAAGGUUUCCUUCUGACCAACUGUACAAGGGAAACCAUACUUGUGAAGAGAACAAAGAUGGUAGUGAAACAGAGGACGACGACGAGGAGGAUGAUGAUGUGAAUGACGAGGAUGAUGGUGAUGAUGAAGAGGAUGAGGACUUCUCUGGUGAUGAAGGUGAGGAAGAAGUUGAUCCCGAGGAUGAUCCUGUGGCCAAUGGUGCGGGAGGAAGUGACGACGACGACGAUGAUGGUGGAGAUGAUGACGAUGAUGAAGAUGGAGAGGACGGGGAAGAUGAGGAUGAAGAAGAAGAAGAAGAAGAGGAUGAAGAUGAAGAAGAGGCGGCUCUUCAGCCACCUACUAAGAAGAGGAAAUGAGAGUUAUAAUCGUAGCCAGUAGGUAAAUUGUUUUCUUCCUGCCUUUUGAGCACUUUCUAUUAUCUAGUUAUGUUUAGUUAUUUUGAUGGAGAUUAUCAUCCCUGGCCUGUCAAUCGAUCCCGCCCAUGGCUAACAUUAAGAUUUACAAACACUACGAUUAAUUUAUUGGUAUGUAGCCCUUGUUAUUAUUAUCGGUGUUGCUUGUCA